AUGUCACCGACUAUUCGGCAGAUAAAUCAUCUUCGCAUCGACGUGAAAACAGGAGGUAUUCUGCUGGACGGUUAUGACCAUAGCAAUGAUGAUGCCGAACCUGGGGAGCCCAAAUUGUCGAUGAGAUUCGACGACUACUUCGAACGGGAUAUCAGGUAUCUCCUCGCUAACGUCAUGCUCGAGAUCUCGGACGUCUUCCGUUCCUCUCCCCUAAUGACGCUGGUGGUCAUAGGUGAAGAAGACUACAUCAAUGAGGACUUUCUGGACGUGAAUGUAUGGAGGACUACACUGUACAGCUUCCCCCUCCUAGAGCGCCUUGAAUUCAGAGGCAGGCCCGUUACCAUCGCCUUAUUCGAGGCUCUCGGCUCAGCACCACCGCAGGGAGCAGACGCGAUUCUUUGUCCUCGGCUAAAAAAGCUGUACCUAGACACAGAAUAUUCAGGAAUCGGCAAAGUUACCAUCACUGCGAUGCAUAACAGCCUUGCAUACCGCCAAGCACAAGGCAUGCGCCUGCAAUAUUUAUCUCUGCGUCCGCAACUCCAUAUAAAUAAGAGGGACUUGGCAAAACUCAAUAGAGUGCCUGUCGGCACUCUUGAUAUGGAACUUUUCUAA